AUGGCAUCCAUUAAAUCGAAGUGCCAAUCACUGUCCUGGACUAGAGACGAAUUCUAUAUAUCUACAGACCCGACUCUAUUCCCCCUGACUCAAUUAAAAGAUAUAUUUGACUCAGCCGAAUUCUACUGGGCAAAGUCUUUGCCACCGGAUGCCUUCCGAGAGGCUUUAGACAACUCAAUUUCCUUUGGCGUCUACGAGCAACCACAAGCAGACGACGCACCAUCAGAAGUCAAACUGGUUGGUAUCGUCCGAUUGGUUACGGACUGUGUCACAUUUGCAUAUCUCACAGAUGUAUGGGUUGACCCAACGCUCCAAGGGAAAGGACUGGGAAGCUGGUUGAUCCGUUGUGUGCAGGAAGUUGUGGAUACGAUGCCGCAUUUGCGACGAACAAUACUGUUUACGGGAGACUGGGAGCGAUCUGUCCCAUUCUACGAGAAGCUCAUGGAUAUGAGUUUGAUGGAACCCAAGAAAGGUGAAGGACUUGCAGUCAUGGAAAGCAAAGGAAGAGGUCACCCAAAUUAUGGCAAGGCGGGGACUGGCUACAAUUGA